CUGUCACUGGCGUAUGACGCAGCACGCCGCGACGGCGAGUCACGUGACGAUACAGGAGCGACGACUCUGGUGGUGGUGACCUCACAACAAAAAAUCAGGCACUGUACCCCCCGUUAUACGCGGUGUACGAGGGGCGGGCGGGUAUUGUACACACCGGAGCAAUGGAUGUGUGAGGACCGGAGCGGCCGCCGCAGGAAAGACGACGUCAUGUCGGAACCUAACAGUGUGUCCCUCCAGCAGAUCCUGGACAGGAGUUGCUGGGUGUGUUUCGCUACAGAUGAAGAUGACAGAACAGCUGAGUGGGUCAGACCAUGCCGGUGCAGAGGCUCUACAAAGUGGGUACAUCAGUCAUGUCUCCAGCGGUGGGUAGAUGAGAAACAGAGAGGAAACAGCACUGCCAGAGUCGCGUGCCCUCAGUGUAAUGCCGAAUAUUUAAUAGAGUUCCCGAACCUCGGUCCGGUUGUGUAUAUGUUGGACCUUGCAGACAGGCUGAUAUCCAAAGCCUGCCCAUUUGCUGCCGCUGGUAUAAUGGUGGGUUCAAUCUAUUGGACUGCCGUCACAUAUGGAGCAGUGACUGUCAUGCAGGUUGUUGGCCACAAGGAAGGCCUAGAUGUUAUGGAGCGAGCUGAUCCCCUGUUCCUGCUCAUUGGCCUUCCCACUAUCCCUGUUAUGCUGAUCCUAGGCAAAAUGAUCCGCUGGGAAGAUUACGUGCUCAGGCUGUGGAGGAAAUACUCAAACAAACUGCAGAUACUUAACAGCAUAUUUCCAGGAAUCGGAUGUCCAGUGCCUCGGGUGCCUGCUGAAGCUAACCCUCUAGCAGAUCAUGUCUCUGCUACUCGAAUACUAUGCGGAGCUCUAGUCUUUCCCACCAUUGCUACAAUAGUUGGCAAACUGAUGUUCAGCAGUGUUAAUUCUAACCUGCAAAGGACAAUUUUGGGAGGCAUUGCUUUUGUUGCCAUAAAAGGAGCUUUCAAAGUGUAUUUCAAGCAGCAGCAGUACUUACGUCAGGCACAUCGGAAGAUCCUUAACAACCCCGAACCAGAGGAAGUAUAAGGCUUUUAAACACUUGCGUGUCAUAAAAUGUUCAUCCGCAAAGUUCUACCUUGUCAUCGUGACUCUUUGCCAUCGCACAGUCCUGGGAUUUUGCGACAAGCUGCUGCUGCUAUGACCUUUGAGUUGUUUUCUUUUUUUUUUUGUACAGUACAUGAGAAAGCACUUUUGUAUGGCAGGAAAAGUACUUUGAGGAAUGGGUGGCCAGCAGAUCAUCUCUGUUCACUGCUCUAGACCAUCCCAUGUAUUUUGCAUCUCACAUGCUGGUUAUAAAACCCUUUAGUGUAUUGUAUCCAGAACAGUAGACUGCCCCCUAUAUGGAAGAAUAAACUAAAGUUUGUGAUGCAGUUUUUAUAUUUUCAUCACUUGCACCGUGGCUUAACUAUAGGGAAUAAAAAGAGGGUUUUUAUUUAAUUUUGCAGCCAAACGACAAUGUUUCUGAUGUUUCAUGAUGGACGGUGGCAUUGGUGCCGUAAUGCCAGUGCCAUACUGAAGUCACACAACAGCUCUUCUAUCAAAGUUCUUACACUCAUAUUGACUUGUGGUUCAUUUUAAUGGGUACUGCAAGCGAAAGCGGAAUUGCCUAAAAACAGUUGAUGUUUUACUGUCUGCAGUUUCUGCUGUGUUAUGUGUUAUGCAGGAUUGCUGGUAUUUCCAUCAUUGCGCUGCAUGUGCUUUUUCUUACUUACACUAAUGUAAUUGCAUGGGCAGUCUUGAUACAGCAUUGUAGUGUUUUUCUGGACAGGGAUCAUUUCAAAAGGGAAACUUUAUUUCCUAAAAUGUAUUGUUAUCCAUAAUAUUUAUGCAUAUUAGCAUUCACCUGGAAAGAAAACAGUCUAUCGCCACCUUAUAGCUACCUACCAUGUAAUUCAAUGUCCAGUCCAUGAAAGAUCCUUCAAGAACAUUAAAAUGCAUAAGACGUUGUAAAAUGAUGUUGCCUGAAAUAAUGGCAAGCUUUUUUUCCAUUAGUAUAGUUGGAAGACACCGCACCUUGAUAAUAUAGGCCCUGUUGCUAAUUAGGAUCACAGCCUUGCUAAUAGACUCCAGGCAAUCAUGUUUAAAGGGGUUUUCUGGAUUUAAAUAGGACUAUCACAUCGAGAUUUAUAACUUGGUAAUAUAGUGUUAUCACAAAUUGUACUGGCUUCAGCAUGCUUUUGUGUUGUUCACCCCGAACAAAGUUGUGUAGUUUUUUCUUUUUUUCAUGGUCAGUGUGGUGUUCCCCAAGACAACAAUUCAUCCUCUUCUGUCUCGGGUUGUGUGGCUGGAUCCUGUCUCUGAGCUCCAGCCCCACCCCCUGAAUGAUGUCAUCACCUCUGACCAGCCCCUACAGCCUACAUCACCAUCUCCCUGAUUUUAUAUAGCCUCUAAGGCUAUGUUCACUUCUUGGAAUGUCCACACGGAAAAUACGGAAAGUAACUCAAUGGCCAUAUCCACCUAACAACUAUAACACUAUCCUUUUUAUAUAUUCUACAUAAAACUUUGAGUGUCAUAUACAUAUUGCAAAGAAAAGAAUAAAAUGGCCCGGCACAUGCAGGACUAGGGCACUCGAUUCACAGGUAAUGGAGGGACGUAACAGGAUCACCCGAUGUAUAGUUGAUGUCGGCGGUGUAAUGUCCUCUAUCAAUACUGAAUACUGUAUGGAGACAGAAGACAUGACAGCACUCACCAUCUAACAUAA